AGCACCUCAAUUGAUGAAUUGCCGCCAAAUUGUCCCCUCUCUCCCUCUCGAGAAUUUUCUCUCCGCUUCACCCUUCCCAGUGAAAAUUUUGCUCCUGCAUUUUAACUCUUUGCUACUUAACCUACGCACUGUAUUCGCUGCAAAUGGAGGCGUUGUUUCCACGCGAUCGAGAUCAUAACGAUCAGUCGCAGAUAAGAUCAUCAAUGCCUGAAUUAUCAGAAGAGGAAGAGUGUAAUGUUUAUAUGGCAUGUGUUAUGCAUGGACACAGGAUUGGAGUUUCCUAUUAUGAUGCCAGUACACGCCAACUCCAUGUACUGGAAAUCUGGGAGGAUGGGAGUCAUGAUUUUUCCUUGGUCGAUAUGGUUAAAUAUCAGGCUAAACCUGGAACAAUCUAUACAAGUACUAAAAGUGAGGAAUCUUUCUUGGCUGCCUUACAGAGAAGUGAUGGUACAAGUGACGCUCCUUCUGUAAAGCUUGUGAAAAGUUCGCUAUUCAGCCAUGAGCAAGCAUGGCACAGAUUGAUGUACCUUCAAGUCACUGGGAUGGAUGAUGGUUUGAACAUAAAAGAGAGAACUGCUUUUCUAAGUUCUAUGAUGGAUGUCAGCAAUGAUGUUCAAGUUCGUGCCAGUGGGGGCCUUUUAGCUGUGCUGGAGAAUGAGCGGAUCAUAGACACCCUUGAACUAAAUGAAAGUGGGAGUGCAUCAAUUGCAAUUGAUUGCAUCUGCGAAAUUUCCCUUGACAAAUUUCUCAAAGUUGAUUCUGCUGCUCAUGAAGCAUUACAAAUAUUCCAAAUAGACAAGCAUCCUAGCCAUAUGGGGAUAGGCAGAUCAAAAGAAGGGUUUUCUGUAUUUGGGAUGAUGAAUAAGUGUGUAACUCCAAUGGGUAGACGUCUCUUGAGGAGCUGGUUUCUGAGGCCUAUAUUGGAUCUUGAUAACCUGAAUCGGCGUCUUGACACUAUAUCAUUCUUCCUGUCUGCUGAAGAAAUUUCGGUCUCUUUACGCGAAACACUGAAGUCCGUAAAAGAUAUUUCCCGCAUACUCAAGAAAUUUAACUCUCCAAGUUCUAUAUCUACAAGUGCAGACUGGGCUGCUUUUCUGAAGAGUGUUUGUGCUCUCCUGCAUAUCAGCAAAAUAUUCGAAGUAGGCAUUUCUGGAUCUCUGUAUGAGGAAUUGAAGUAUUUGGACUUGGAUAUUAUUGAGAGGGCUGAUUUUCACAUUUCAGUCGAUCUAGCCUAUGUCUGUGAAUUGGUAAUUGGCGUCACUGAUAGUGAUAGAAGUAAAGAUAAGGGUUAUGAGACAAUAGUAAAAGAAGGUUUUUGUGAUGAGUUGGAUGAGCUGAGGCAGAUAUAUGAGGGGUUGCCAGAAUUUCUGGAAGAGGUUUCGGCCUUGGAACUUGCACGACUUCCUCACAUGUGUAGAGACAAGGAGGUCCCUUCUAUCAAUUACAUACAUCAGAUAGGUUACUUAAUGUGCAUUUUCAAUGAAAAAAUCGAUGAAGAAAUGCUAAAGAAUCUUCAGGACUAUGAGUUUGCUUUUGCUGAUGAGGAGGGAGAAAAUAGGAGGUUCUUUUAUCAUACUGCAAAGACAAGAGAAUUGGAUAACCUUCUCGGAGAUAUAUAUCAUAAAAUCCUGGAUAUGGAGAGAGCUAUUAUGAGGGACCUGGUGUCACAUAUUCUUCAAUUCUCAGUGCAUGUGAACAAGGCUGUUAAUUUUGCAGCUGAGCUCGACUGUCUUUUAGCGUUGGCCUUGGUUGCACGUCAGAACAACUAUGUAAGGCCAAAUUUGACUAAAGAAGACGUGAUUGACAUAAAGAAUGGAAGACAUGUUUUGCAGGAGAUGACAGCAGACACGUUUAUUCCCAAUGACACAAAAGUUUCUCAUGAAGGAAGAAUUAAUAUCAUCACAGGCCCUAAUUAUUCAGGCAAAAGCAUCUAUAUCAAGCAGGUUGCGUUGAUAGUUUUCCUUUCCCACAUUGGAAGUUUUGUACCAGCAGAUGCUGCCACAGUGGGUUUAACUGACAGGAUAUUUUGUGCCAUGGGAAGUAAGUUUAUGACUGCUGAACAAUCCACAUUUAUGAUUGAUCUGCACCAAGUGGGAAUGAUGUUAAGGCAUGCAAGUCCUCGGUCCUUAUGUUUACUGGAUGAGUUUGGUAAAGGCACCCUUACAGAAGAUGGUAUCGGUCUCCUUGGUGGAACCAUAAAUCACUUUGUGUCAUGCUAUGAUCCUCCAAAGGUCCUGGUUUGUACUCACUUGACAGAGAUAUUUGAUAAUAGUUGUUUACUGGAGUCAGACAGAAUCCAGUGUUACACGAUGAGCGUGCUAAGCCCAGAUAAAGAUUGUGCGGAUGUUGAAGACAUUGUAUUUCUCUAUAGGUUGGUCCCCGGGCGUGCCCUCCUUAGCUAUGGGUUGCACUGUGGCCAGCUAGCUGGAUUACCUCACGAAGUUCUAAAGCGCGCAGCAUUAAUAUUGGAUACUCUCAAGAAUGACAACCAAAUUGAGAGACUGAGCAGGGAUAAUGUAAUAGCUCGUGAUCAGCAGUACAAGGAUGCAGUGGAGAAGUUCCUAGCGUUUGAUGCUCGGAAAGGUGAUCUGCUCCAGUUCUUUGAAGGGGUCUUUUCUACCCAAUCCUAAAAGAAAUCAUAUUCCUUUGAAUUUUGUCUUUCAUAGUCAGUGCUAACUCGGUUAUAUUUGAUCAAUGAUGCAAAACUGUAUCCAUGAAUCUUUUUGCGGGACUCAUAAUGUAAGGCAAAUUUGGUAUCUUCUCUCAAGUCGCUUUGAGCUAUGUAAGGCAAAUAAUUUGGUUAUUUUUAUAAAAGAUACUCUAACGUCGUCAA